AGAAAAUUCUCAUUCUGCAGUUUGGGCGCAGCCGGAUAGAGCAGCAGUAGGAGUGAAGAGUUUUGACUGUAUUCAGCCUGAUCAUCUGCCCUGGUGCCGGUUCCUUUCUCUGCACAACUGAGACUGUAGAAAGAGAAGCUGUCAGUAUGAAGAUCACAGAUGGCGCCCAGGUGAUCCAAGAGGGAGUGCUGGAGAAGAGAAGUGACAACCUGCUCCAGCUCUGGAAAAAGAAAUACUGUGUCCUGACCCGGGACAGCGUUGGUCUCUACCCGGAUUGCCAGAGGCGUUCCCGGAGGAAGGAGCUGACCCUGCAGCAGAUCCGGACGGUAGACUGCGUGGAGAGGACCGGCAAGUACGUUUACUUCACUGUGGUGACCACCGACAACAAGGAGAUAGACUUCAGGUGCCUGGGGGAGAGCUGCUGGCACUCGGCCAUCACCAUGGCUCUCAUUGAAUUCAAGAACAGGAAAGCCAUCCAGAGCUUCAAAUCCCGGCAGGAGAGCGAGAGCCCGUCCCCGGACCAACAGGAGAAAGUGUUGGGAAGGUCACCUUAAACCUGCUCCCCGUCUCCUCCACCACCUCUUCCCCGAUGCUGCACAGACAGCCAAAUUUGAUCAAGGAAAUGCCUCAAUCCGAGUUGUGGAUGAAGGAAACUGUGUAAGGGAUUGUGAGAGAUUCAAACGCGAUUUCGUCCUCGGAGAUGCUUCUACAAAUCGAUCCGAGCCGCUGCAUUCAGAGCCAGUGGAAAGCCAGGCUGAAAGGAGGCUGUAGGGGGCCAAAUAGAAAUCUUUCUCUAUUUAUUUGUCUAUUGCAGUACCCAAGAACUUUUAUCUCUUUGCAUCAACUUUUCACAUAAAUUAUUUUGUAAUCUAA